GGCGAGGGGCAGGCUGGGAAGCGGCGCCAUAUUGGCGUCGGCCGCGCUGUAUUGUCAUAAAUAGAGCCGGUUAUGUAGUGUUUUCACUACUCGGUUGGGUGCCUCGGCCGUAGUGAGUGAGAAAGUGAGCGAGUAAGCGAGUUACAAGCGACUGGAGGAAAGUGGACAGAGAGAGAAGGGGAGAGCAAAAACGGGACUCCAGAGCGGGAGACACUCGCCGGUGAGGGAGACGCAGGAAGCGAUGAAAGAAACGUCUGCAAACACCGUGCUGGACAGCCAGCGUCAGCAAAAGCAUUAUGGAAUCACCUCUCCAAUUAGCUUGGCAUGUCCUAAAGAAAUUGAUCAUAUUUACACACAGAAAUUAAUUGAUGCCAUGAAACCAUUUGGAGUGUUUGAAGAUGAAGAAGAAUUGAACCAUAGGCUGGUUGUUCUUGGUAAAUUGAACAAUUUAGUAAAAGAAUGGAUUUCCGAUAUUAGUGAGAGUAAGAAUCUCCCGCCUUCUGUUGUGGCUACUGUUGGUGGUAAAAUAUUCACAUUUGGUUCCUAUAGGCUUGGAGUACACACCAAAGGAGCUGACAUUGAUGCACUUUGUGUAGCUCCAAGACAUGUGGAAAGAUCUGAUUUUUUUCAGUCAUUUUUUGAAAAAUUGAAACAUCAAGAUGGCAUUAGAAAUUUAAGAGCUGUAGAAGAUGCUUUUGUACCGGUUAUAAAAUUUGAAUUUGAUGGAAUUGAAAUCGAUCUAGUCUUUGCAAGACUGGCAAUACAAACCAUAUCAGAUAAUUUAGAUCUAAGAGAUGACUCUCGACUGAGAAGCCUUGAUAUAAGGUGUAUUCGCAGCCUAAAUGGCUGUAGAGUUACUGAUGAAAUUUUGCAUUUAGUGCCAAAUAAAGAAACUUUUAGGCUCACACUAAGAGCAGUCAAAUUAUGGGCAAAACGACGUGGUAUUUAUUCCAACAUGCUUGGAUUCCUUGGUGGUGUCUCUUGGGCAAUGCUAGUUGCGAGAACUUGCCAAUUAUAUCCAAAUGCAGCAGCUUCUACUUUAGUUCAUAAGUUCUUUUUAGUUUUUUCCAAGUGGGAAUGGCCAAAUCCUGUGCUGCUGAAGCAACCAGAAGAAAGCAAUUUGAAUUUGCCUGUUUGGGAUCCGCGGGUAAAUCCAUCAGAUAGGUAUCAUCUAAUGCCCAUAAUCACCCCUGCCUAUCCACAACAGAAUUCUACGUAUAAUGUGUCCACAUCAACUCGAACAGUAAUGGUAGAAGAAUUUAAACAAGGUCUCGCAGUCACAGGUGAAAUUCUUCAAGGGAAAUCAGAUUGGUCCAAACUACUUGAGCCACCAAAUUUUUUUCAAAAGUAUAGACAUUAUAUAGUACUGACCGCCAGCGCAUCGACAGAAGAAAACCAUCUAGAGUGGGUUGGAUUGGUAGAAUCUAAAAUUCGUGUACUUGUUGGAAACUUGGAACGGAAUGAAUUUAUUACUCUUGCACAUGUAAAUCCCCAGUCAUUCCCAGGGAAUAAGGAACAUUAUAAAGACAAUAAUUACGUGUCAAUGUGGUUCCUCGGAAUAAUUUUUCGAAGAGUAGAAAAUGCAGAAAGUGUUAACAUAGACUUGACAUAUGAUAUACAGUCAUUUACUGAUACAGUGUACAGACAGGCAAACAAUAUAAACAUGCUAAAGGAGGGAAUGAAAAUUGAAGCAACUCAUGUUAAAAAAAAACAACUUCAUCACUAUCUUCCAGCAGAGAUUCUUCAAAAGAAGAAAAAGCAAAGUCUUUCUGAUGUCAAUCGAAGUUCAAGUGGACCUCAAUCCAAAAGAUCAUCUCUGGAUAGCAAUUGUUUGGAUAGCUCCAGAGACACUGAUAAUGGAACACCUUUUAAUUCCCCGGUGUCUACAAACAAACCUUCCAAGCCUGAUAAUUCUCCUUCAGGAGAAACAGAAAGCAGGAAUAAUGCUGAGCCUGCUGCUGUAAUUGUGGAAAAGCCACUGAGUGUUCCGCCAGCUCAAGGACUAUCUAUUCCAGUCAUUGGUGCAAAAGUUGACUCGGUAGUGAAAGCUGUAUCACCCCCAGCUGUGUGCACCAUUCCUACUGUAGUAGGACGAAAUGUUAUUCCUAGGAUCACAACACCCCACAACCCUGUCCAGGGACAACCACAUCUAAACGGAAUGUCAAAUAUAGCUAAGAAUGUUGCACCCAAGAGAUCCCAUUCCCCACCUAUAGAUGGGUCUUCAAAGAGGUUGAAAGAUAUAGAAAAGUUUAUUCGACUUGAAUCAAAGUUUAAGGAAUCGCGUGCUGCUGAAAACAGAAAAAGAAAAUCAGUGGAUACCAUUGGGGGAGAAUGUAUGCCUAUUCCAACUAUUGAUACAUCACGCAAAAAGAGACUGCCCAGUAAAGAACUACCAGAUUCAUCAUCUCCGGUUCCAGCAAAUAACAUUCGUGUCAUCAAAAAUUCCAUUCGACUGACCCUUAAUCGGUAAAAGCAGUGCCUCCUUACUUAGGUGAAUAUGCAAUCAUUAGUGACAAGAGGCAGCCACUGUUUUAAAAAUAGAAGUGGCUGUCAUAUAUAAAAUAAGGAGAAAGUUACAGUCAUCAGCCUAGCAACCUUGAAGUGGUUUUUGAACUCUCACACUUUGACCUGCAGAUGCUGUAGCAUCCUCUCAUUGAUUGCUACAUACACUUCUCUGAGGAUCACCUGCUGUGAAAUUGUCAUCUACAAUAUUAUGGCUUUGUGUUGGAGGUUUCACUGCCUUAACUUUUGAUGCUUGUUUCUCUAUAAUGGGAACCAGUUCUUGGCUCUUUGGACACUGAUAGAACAAGUCCUGAACUCCCUUUUUUUUUUUUUUAAUUUGUCUUAUGUUGUAAUCAUUGUAUAGAAUUGAAAAGGUUGAAAACAAAAAAAAAAAAUUGUCUUGUAAUUUUCCAAAUGUUAACGCAUUACUUUAGCAUUGAAGCCACUUUGUGAAACCUGAGAUAAAUGAAUGUGAGGUAUCUUUUCUGCUUUCCUCAUUUGUGUAAAUGUACUUAUUGUCUGUUCUGUUGAUUUAAAUUAUUUUUUUUCCAGAUUGGCACCUGGAAUAUGUAAAUCUUUUUUGUGCCUUUCUGUCCAAAUGUUGCAUUGUUACCAGGGAGGAUUAGCCUAGUGGUUACAUCAGAGUUGGGCACCAUAAAUUCUCUAUCUUUUGCCUCCCAUGGAGGCCUUCAAAAUGCAUCUUGAUUAAGAAUCAAAAUAGAACCAGGAUACAAGUGAGUAUAUGAGUGGUGAAAUUGUUACAUAUCCUAUCUCAUGCCAUUCUUUUUAGCUGACAGGUAUUUUUUACCAAGAAGCAACUCAUUCCAGCCUCAACAAUAAGAUACCUUUGAGUACAGCAAACUUGUAUUUUUGAGGUGUAAAAUUAAAUUGGCAUGGUAACUCCUGACCAUUACUUACCCCACAACUUCAGACAUUAUCUUCACGGACUAGGCAUGCAGAAAUAAGCAGUGGAAUUUAUUGAAACCUAAAGGCAUUUUUGAAUGACAUUGUUACCAACCGUUAAUUGGCUCAGGACCUUUGUAAUUUUUAUUUAACUAUAUGAGUUGUCUUUUUUUACACUGCUUUUUUCAAUGCAUUUCGUAAUAUUUUUUAAGUUUCAUGAAUGCAUGCUCAGUUUAUUAAAAUCAUAACCAUGUAAUUCUUGUAAUAUGUUGAUUCAGUGUUUUGUAAAUGAAGUCGUAUGUAUUUUCAGAGUAUUUUUGUAUGUACUGUAAGAUACCAUCUUUUCAAAGAGAAAACUUUAAAACCUUUACGUCUCUCUUUAGUCUAAUUUUUUAAAUAUGGAUUAUGCUUGAAUUCUUCUUAAAAUGAAAAUGUAUAGAUUAUACAGCCAGGAAUACUGGUGUAUAUUAUCUUCUUCAGCUUUCACUCAGCAUUUAGUAGAUCCAGUAGAAAAAACACAAAAUGGUACAUUUGAAUAGUGCCGAGAAAAUACUUGGUUGUGUAUUUUAUAGGACUUAUGUGGGACACCUUUUAGCCAGUGAAGGAAUAGCAGUCCAUUUUCUCUUGUGAGCCCUUUACCAUUGAUUGAAAUAUUUGAAUUGAUUGUGAGAGCAGCAUCCUUCUCCUCCAGCUC